AUGGAGGAUCAAACAACUAGAAGGCUUACUGAAGAAAGCACGGAGACUUCAGUCAACAAGGCUCUUGGGAAAGAAAAACAAUCCGCUGAUCCUGAUGCAGAAGGGUCAUGUUUUGAUUGCUCAAUCUGUUUUGAUGAAGCUAAGGACCCGGUUGUAACCCAUUGCGGCCACCUCUUUUGCUGGCGCUGCAUCUAUGAAUGGCUAAGCUUUAGGAAUUCAGUUCAGGAUCCCUCGAAAGAGUGUCCAGUAUGUAAGAUGAAGGUGUCAAAAAACAGCCUUACACCGAUCUAUGGCAAGCUCUCCGGCGAAAAAAAUAAUAAUGAUGAUGAUGAUGAUCCAACUCUCCCUCCUAGGCCUCAGGCGAAUCGUGUACCCACCUGGAAAGAUGCUUUUCAACAGGCGGUCUUUUCAGUUCCAAGGAAUAAAAUACCUCAUCGCUUUGGUCGUAAAAUGGAGAUGAAUCCAGCAAGUGCACAAAGUAUUGCCCUUUUUUCUUCACAGGUGAUGCCUGAUGGAAGCAACCCGCUGCUCAAUUGGGUACUAACUUCAAAAGGAAUGCGGAGACAACAGAAUUAUGUUAUACCACCAAAUGAUGCAAAUGAUGUCAAUUCUCCCUAUCCUCAAACAGCAGAAGAAAGCUACACAAAUUCAACAAUAUUUCCGGGUUCGAACUCAAAUGGAGCUGGUAACUUUUCUUAUAUCAAUCCUUCAGUUGGGUCGGGUUUUCCAAACAAUCCUGCCGAUAUGAUUCUUGGAAAUCCGGGACAAGAACUGGAUUUCCUUGGUGUUGAAUAUGUGAGUAAUGAUUUUUCAUGCUUCUAUGAUGACCAUGAUGAUAUGAACUUAGACCAGAUAAUGGAAUCUUUUGAUGAUGAUGGUUUUAUAGUUUCGGACAUUGAGGAUGAUGAAUGGUUCAAGUCCCUUAAGGUGGAGGAGGUUCGAUAA